CAGACUAUACACUCGCUCUUUCUUUCUCCCAUAUCCAACCAAAUAACAUAUAAAAAAGUAAAGUGUGGAUUGGAUUGGAUGGCAAAGUAGUGACUGACAUUUCCUUGUAAAAUAAUUAUUACUCACUGCUGUGCUGUAAUAGCAUCUGCCAAAUUAAUCACCCCACCACCUCCAACUAACCAGCAUUGUAAUAUUACCAGCAGACAUACACAGUGAUUAUAUGUCGUAGUAGGUGGUUGGUGGCAUAUUUAUUGGUGGAGUGUGAGACAGAACACAGACGGAUUAAUGGUUUUUACACGCGCUGCUGGUGGCAAGGUACCGACGUCGGGAAAGUAGAUGAAAAAAUGAAGAAAGGGUUCAAGUUUUCCGAAAUAUUUGAGAAAUGGAAUUCUGAAAUUUUUUGACGGCUCUAUCGGUCCAGGAUUUGACAAAUAUAGUGUCCCGUUAAUAUACAAAUACAUAUUAUCCUAUACCCUUCCUGUAUUGCCUACUUGCCUGCGUGUAUUGUGGUAAUUCACCUGUUUUUUCGGAGAGGGGAUAGAAUCGAGGAGGAGAUUCUGUGUAGACGCAAAUAAUAGCCGUCCCUACUGGCCGGUCUACGGCAUUUAUAUAUAGCGAAGCUUCUAAUACACUGGAAGUACCUAAAGAUCGCGGAAUUAAUUUUAGUAGGCUAGUCUGUCCUAAAGAUCAGAACCCGUUUCUUCCACUACCACCACACCCACGAUUUGGAAGCUCAGAGCGGCUCAGUGACUCUGAGGGCGUGGGAAAACGGACACAGAAAAUGCCUUCUUAUGGAUACAGUCCGGACGUGAUUAAGGACUGGUUGAUAGGAGGGGUUGACUUUGACCUGGCAGGAAAUGGUGGUCCAACAUGCACGGACUUUACGGCUAAUCCAAGACGCUUGAUUGAAUUUGUUUUUGGAAUUGUCUUUGCCAGCGGCUUGAUAGCAUGGGCUUACAAAAAUUGUAGCCUUCCAGAGUAUCGGCAUGCACCCCGGCGAGACAGGGGUGGAAGGAAAACAUUACUCGCCAUUGUGUCUCUGGUCUUUGGGAUGGAAGUUGCCUACAAAUUCGCUACGAAAACUGUUAUAUUUCUCUUGAAUCCAUGCCAUGUAAUAACCGCGAUUCAGAUAUACCUACUUGCCGCUACGCCGUCGAGGUUCGUGACAGCACUAUUUCGCAUUCACCUGAACUUCUUGAACGGAGCAUUGCUGGCUUUGGUAUUUCCCGUCACCAAUACACUAUUUCUACCUUUUGAAACGGAAAUCUACUUCAUUCAGCACUUCAUGAUGCUUGUCACUCCGUACUACCUCCUGCGAGUUGGAGGUGCGUACAAUGUCGAGAAAUUUAAGGAUUUUUCGUGGACGUAUAUGGGAUACGCAGUCAUGAUACUUUAUCACUUUAUAAUUCUGAUGCCCAUUGCUGUGCCCCUUCAAGUCAACCUCAGUCAGACGCUAUGCCCAGCCAUUUCAGAUCCGUUCUACGGUCCUGACUAUCGCAUCUACACCCUUUUCCACCAAGCAAUCUUUGUCCCUUUCCUCUGCAAAGUUUACGUAACAACUUGUCAAUACUUUAUUACAAAGUUUCCGCUGACAAAAGUAAAAAGUAGUUUGGAUUAUGAUCUGGGGUUGUUGACGAAUGUAGAAAUCAAAAAUGGAAUUAAACAAUGUCAUCACUGCAACGGUAAUGAAGAUUAGUUCAAAGUUUUACCCAAAGUGGAAAUGUUCCUUAUUAUUUUAUAAUACUUUAAUUUGUUUUAACUAGAUACACAAUUAUAUUUUUUAAACAGUGACACACGCUUUCACCUUUCUCCUCACCCUACACACAAUAGGUGCAGCAGUAAUGUACAAAGUAUCAUGUUAUCAAUCGUGAAAUUAGUAGCAAUGUAAUCGCAGCAAUAAUAGUUGUAGACUUGAUGCAAAGUGUAGAAUGCACUACUACCACUACUACUGAUGAGCCCAAUUCGUAUUUCAACAAUAAUUGGUAAUUAAUAACGGUAACGGUAAUUACUUGCAAUUAUAUUUGUAAUUACUACCCUGUGAAAGUUGGUAUCUUAGUGGACAAUUAAGUACCGUAUUCAGAUUGCUCAAACGUUGUUUAUUACAGUUCCAAUAUUAUCGUUGCAAAGAGUUUAGAUUUCAGAGAGAGAGAGAGAAUGUACUGCUUAUAUUUUGAUUCUUGUUCAUACAAAUUCUAAUUCUGGCGAUCGCGAUCCUAGAUCUUCCAGCGACUAUUCUUCUACAUAAGUGCGACCAUACACUUUGCUGUUAAAGAAUUUGUUUUUAUCAAUUGCACGUUUAUCUUAGGCUCAAAAAAAUGACAAAGGCAGUAAUGAACUAAUCUUCUUUACGGUUGCAAUUAUGCAGUUGUUUCUUCUUCUGCCGUUUCGGUAGGUCCUUGCCAAAUUAUUAAGCAUGUCUAGCUGAACAGUUGUUAUCCAACAUUUAUCUAAAAGAGAAGCGAACGAAAAGACGAAACGAUAUUAUAUGACUAUUAUUGUUAUAUGCCAAUGCAAGAUAAUAAUAACGUAAAACUCAUCCUGAUAUGCACAAACGAUACUCCUUAAUAGCGUCUCUUUUGAGACGUACUGAAGAUCUUAAGUCUGUGUAUGUAGCACGUCUGUUUGGGCGGGUGACCUCAAUGACAUAAGUAUACCGGUGGGUGGGUGCGCCAUGCAAUUAUAAAACUUUGUAUUUAAAUUAAUGUAAUUGUUGCCUGUGAAAUUGUUGUGAGUCAUUUGUAUUAAUCUGUCGUAUAAUCUGCACGCAGUCGGUAUGAUGUUGUGAAUGACACAGAAUUUGUAACGCUAACACAAGAAUAUUAUAUGUAAGGUGUUCAACUCCGCUGGACGUGACGUAAAAAAGUUUGUGCUUGUGGUAAAGUGAUUUUAUAAUUCACUGAAAAAAUAAUUAACCCACACGACAAUGUUGUCUAUGAAAUGAAAAUGUCCUUUGCGUAUAAUAAUUCUGUAAUAAUUAACUUGUGGUGCUAUUUAGUUAGUGACAUAUUAGAGCAAGUUACUCUGUGUCAUACAUUAUCGAAAUUGGGUUGGGAUGCAUGUUUUCGUUUCCUCAAACUGUAUUUUUUUUGCAGGGUCUUCAUGUCUCAAUUUGUUAAAAUGUUUGAUUUGUAUAAAGAAUCUUAAAUUUAUGAAAAUUUGAAAAUCUUAAAGUGAUGUACUUCUAUCUAGUCGAUAUACUUUUCAGAUUUGAAAUUUCAAAUGCAUGUUUAUUUCAAUGAGAGUUUGGGUGAAGACUUCUGGUGACAAUGCCAAUGCGGAAUGUUUAAAUAGAUACGUUUGUGAAAAUGUGUUGUUGUAAUUGGUUUGACAGCAUAAUUAUCAGAUUGUUAAAAACAUGAAUACUAAUUUAUUCCGACUUAGUUUAUGUAUGUCUAUGGGUUGAGACUUUGUAGGCCAAUAAUCAAACCAGAAACAUUUUGCAAUAUGUUUCAAUUUGUUUGUAAUAAUAUUUAAGGUCCGUUGUACGUAGUAGAAGCUACUAAUUUAUGAAACUCAACAAUGUACUUGCAACAAAUCCCGAGACUAAAAAUCCAUACCAAUGAUUCACACAUAUAGCUACCUUACUUACUACCACUAUUGAUAAAAGGCGUAACUAAUAAUUAAUUUCCGUCACGUCACAAAAUAAAAAUGUGCGAUAGUGAUAGUUAAUGGACGGGUUUGACAAAAAACCAAUCCAAUAACAUGAGAAAGCCAUGAUGUACAACAAACUGAGUGGUGAUUUAAUAAUGAAAUGGAAUAAAUGUACCUUGCAGUAGUGCAAAUGUAUAAAGCCUAAA